AUGGCGUCUCCUCCCUCGCUAGACCCGUUACCUCCCCCAAUCCCAGUCGACACUCAUCCCAACCGCGCUCCGGGGUCCAAGUCUCCUGAGCUCCAACGGUCCCUUCCCGACCCUAAUCGACUGGCGCCCGGGGAUGCAUACUUCGCACCCUCACUCUCGCGCGCCCGGUCCGCACCCACCAACUACGAAGAAAGUCUGCGGACGUUGAGCGUCGAUAACUCGGCCCAUAUUGGGUCAGCGUUGCGCAAGAAGUUAGGCGGUGCUGGACGGCGUCGAAAGCGGAAGGGUGCUUGGAAGAAGCUACUUUGGGUUAAGCAAUCCUAUCCGGAUAACUAUACCGAUACGGAAACGUUUCUGGACCACCUUCAGCGUAAUCCUCGGGUGCGGCCGUAUGAUUUCUGGCCUCUGGUAGCUGAUUCGACUGUGAUUGUGCAGCAUGUGUGUUCGGUGGUUAUCUUUAUUUGCUGCUUCGUUGGCAUUGUUCAAGAUCGAGUGAGCCCCGUCUCGAUUGUCUGCUGGGGAAGUGUUGGCACUGCCGUGGGCUGGAUUCUGUGGGAUAAUUGGAUCUGGAAGGAGCAUGAGGAAUCUAUGCAAAGUGCAGUUGGGAUAACUGGAGGCGAUGAUGGGUCCAGUUCGACUUCGUUUGCUAGCGCCGUCGAUACACCCGCCAAUGACGCACAAUCGGGGGAUACAAAAACGAAUGCAAUUCAUGGCCUUGGGUUGUCUAUGUCCGGAAAUGAAUCGAAAGAGCAAUUCGCUCAUCGCAGUGCUGAUUUCAGUGAAAGCAUCGACGCAGUGGUGAAUUUGACAGCGCAAAGUGCUGUGCCAUCUGUUCCAGGCACCUCCGACAUUGGCACUACAGACCCGUCGAUAUCGCAGGAGACCAACGGCGCUUCGGCACUAUCACCGCGCAACCGCCAGCGCUUGACUACAGUCAAGUCGGCUUUCCUUAUUUACUUUUCCCUCUUGGGCCUCAGUCCCAUCUUGAAAUCUCUUACCAAGUCCACCGCCAGUGACUCUAUCUGGGCGAUGAGCUGCUGGCUUUUAAUAAUGAAUAUAUUUUCUUUCGACUAUGGGAGUGGGGAAGGCGCAGGCGCCACAACGAAGUUCCCUGCUUCUUUGUCCACUAACGCAGCUGUGAUGGCUUCCACCGUGCUCGCGUCGCGCCUGCCGUCUACAACCCACGUGUUCAGCCUCAUGCUGUUUUCGAUGGAAGUAUUUGGACUGUUCCCUAUUUUCCGGCGCCAGCUGCGACAGAAAUCAUGGACUGGUCAUGUUCUUCUGACACUCACACUUGUCAUCGUUGCCGGUGGCGCCGUUGGAGUUACGCUGAGUGGCGGAUGGGCCGCAGCCAUUAUUGGAUCUUUCCUAGGAAGCAUCCUGACCGCAUUUGUUAUGGGCGGGUGCAGCUGGUGGCUUAUUAGCUUGCAAAAGUACAAGAACGUUGUGAUCGGUCCCUGGGACCCUGCCCGGCCAAUCAUUCGGCGCCACUGGAACUAA